AUGGCCGUAAUCCGCGUGUGCGCACUCCUCGCGAUAGCGGGGACUGCAAUUGUGUAUUCCAAGUAUUCCAGCGCAGUGUGGAGCGCUGCGGGAUUCGCGAUUAUCGGAUACCUCGCCACUAAUACACUGAUUCCGAGGGUGGCAGACAGUUUUAUCCGGGUAGGGCUCUAUGGCAAGGACCUCGGGAAGCCGGGACGGCCGGUGAUUGCGGAGACGAUGGGGGCGGUAGCGGCGACGGUGUACUUGUUCAUGAUGUUCCUCUCCAUUCCGUUCGUGUUCUACAAGUACCUCGUGGUGACGUCUGGCGCGGGAGCGCGGGACUGGAGCGAGGAGGCGGCGGGCCGCGGCGCAUUCCCGCACGGCAAGCUGUCGGAGUACCUUAGUGCGAUCCUGUCGCUCCAGAGCACAGUGUUGCUCGGCGUGGCCGAUGACCUCUUCGACUUGCGCUGGAGACACAAGCUCUACUUCCCGAUCAUCUCGGCGAUCCCGUUGCUCGUCGUGUACUACGCGGACUUCGGGGUGACGUACGUGCUGGUGCCCAAGUUUGUGCACCAGUGGGUGCCACAGCUCUCCGAGUUUGCGCUGAUCGACCUCGGGUGGUUCUACUACAUCUACAUGGCGUCGAUGACCAUCUUCUGCACGAACUCGAUCAACAUCCUCGCGGGCAUCAAUGGCUUGGAGGUGUUGCAGUCGAUCAUUCUCGCCAUUGUCUGCCUUGUGAACGAUGCGCUCUACCUGGUGUGGGGCUCGGAGCGCACACGCGAGUCGCACCUAUUUUCGAUCGUGAUGCUCCUCCCGUUCCUCGGAGUGUCGUACUCGCUAUGGAAGUGGAACAGCUGGCCUGCGCGGGUGUUUGUGGGAGACACGUACUGCUACUUCGCGGGAAUGAUCUUUGCGAUGAUUGGGAUCUUGGGGCACUUUGCCAAGACGAUGAUGCUCUUCUUCACGCCGCAGAUCUUCAACUUUGCGUACAGCAUACCGCAACUUUUGGGCCUCGUGCCGUGCCCGCGCCAUCGCUUGCCGCGCUUCAACGAGGAGGACGGGCUCAUGUACACCUCGCGCACAGAUCUACAGAAGCGCCCGCCGAUGCGCCCCGUUGCCCUGGCGUUGAAGCUGUUGGCCUACUUGCACUUGCUCGACGUGACGGUCGACGAGCAGGGCAACCUUCUAGACUGCAACAACAUGACCUUGAUAAACCUCUGUCUAGUUUGGUUUGGGCCAAUGCGUGAGGACCAGCUCUGCCUCACCGUGUGCGGCAUCCAGCUAGUUGUGGGUCUCCUCUGCGUCUUCGCGAGACACGCCGUCGGGACAUUGCUGUUCGGUGAGGACAAUUACACUAGAAUAAUUAAGUAUAUCAGGACUUAA